AUGCCAAACAGACGCGGACGUAAGCCUUUAGCAACUCCCCCCACAGAUAAAAAACACAAACAGAAUUUGAGCAACCAACGAAAGUUCCGUCAGCGCCGUGAUGCUUACGUCAAAGGUCUGGAAGUCAAAGUCAAAGAAUACGAAGAUCAGUUGAAGGAGAUGGGACUGGUUUGUGCACAAGUCCAAGAAGAAAACAGAUCUCUAAGGGAAAAAGUGGCGUCAUUGGAGAAACGAAGGGGCGAAAGAAAUGAAUUAUGCGAUGGUAGUCUUGGCAUCUCGUCAACGGAGAUUCAACUUGCUAGUAAGAUCUCUGGUAGCAAAGACGUGAACUCCUGCAGCGGUUCAUCCAUUUAUUCAGUACAAGAUAUAAUAGAGUCUACACAAAUGAGCGAAAACCAAAUAUAUCAAGAAUUGCACAAGGGCGAAAAUUCAUGUGACGUUGUCAUGGGCGAUGCGUCUGACUACGGUUCCAAUAGUGGUUCAGCAUCGAGACAAUUUGUUCGUAAUUCAUCAUCAUAUCAACAAUGCUUGUCGCCUGCUUCUCCAAAACACUACGCCUCACUCUUGCCACUCGACAACAUCAAUUAUCAACCGCGAGUGUUACCUUCGUAUUUAUCGUCGUUUGAUUUUCAUAAUGAACAGAUCAAAGAGAAAUAUUCUUUUCAUCGUCAACAAACCAAAAAUGGGACUAACCCUUCAUCCACUUCUUCGAUGUCAGUCGAAGAUAUAAUCAAUCCACCUUUAUUUUGCGAGAGGGAUGGGGAUAUUUGUUUUUGUGAACCAUCAGUCACAAUAGAUGAUCUCGAAUUAAACGACGCGAAAACGCCAUCGCAAAUGUCAACAAACAACGGUAGAUACCUAGUUACUACCCAGAAGACGGGGAAACGGAUAUGUAUGAUCAUUCCUCCGUUUCCAGAAUGCGAGGACCCUACGCGAUCUGCACGAGGAUGCCCUAAUCUACCGCCGCCCGAACCACAGUGGCAACAAUUAUCACAGAAUGAGCAUUAUUUACCACAAAGUUUUCCGACCAGUUCCUUCUCUCAACCUCAUCACCUCAAAUAA